ACUACUAUAUAACAAAUAAUUUGAGGAUGACUGAAUCUGCAUUUCUAACUGCAGUUGACCAAGGGGAUACAGAUGCUGUGAAGAACUUGCUGUCUUCAGAUGCUGGAUUGAAAAGAUUAUCUGGAGAGCGUAAUGCUUUGCAUCGAGCAGCUGGUUAUGGACAUCUUGGAAUUGUGUGUGAACUGACUAAAGCUGGAUUUAACCCACUGACUGCAUCUCACACUGGACGAAUACCUCUGCAUGAAGCAUGUCAAGGAGGGCACACCAGCGUAGUAGAGGAGCUGCUAAAAUAUGGAGGUGUUGAGAUUGCAGAUUGCAGGGGACAGUCUCCUCUGCAUGUGGCUGCUUACCACGGAGAGUCUCAAUGUGUCCAGUUAUUGUGUGCGAAUUCUGCUCAAAUUGCUGCUAGGGAUGAAAAUCAUCGAACACCUGUACACUUGGCUGCUAUAAUGAACCAGAGUGAAACUAUUCACUGGCUGCUGGAAUAUGGAGCUGAUGUCGACCUCCCUGAUAUUCAUGGUCGGACUUGCAGUCACUAUGCAUCAACAGUAGCAGAUAACAGCAGUUUGAAAACUUUGCUAGAGAGAGGGGUCGAUCUACAGGUACGAUGUUUACAAGGACGACUGCCACUCCACUACAGCGUUACCACAGACCGACUCUGCAACCUCAACCUGUUGCUGGCGCAACACACUAAAGGCUCAGACAGAACUAAUGCUACCUCUCUUAAACAGGCAAAGCUAAAUCUGAUGCUUACUAAUGAUAACAUGGGAAAAUGUCUGGGCCACAUUGCAGCACAGAACGGAAGUAUCAACUGUUUGCACUGGAUGUUAGAACAAGGUCUCGAUCCCAACUCCACUGACAGUUGUCAGAACACACCGUUACACGCAGCAGCCUCCAAAUCACAGAUCCUUGCGUUCAGCUGUCUUCUUUAUCACGGAGCCUCUCAGGAAGCUACCAACAACAAGGGAGAAACGCCUAUGGACGUAGCACGAAAAGUUGGAUCGCCAUUCGCUAUGGGAAAAGCUGUUUCAGGACAGAAGAAAUGUCCGAAGUGCAAACAGAAGGGAUUAGAUCAGGAGUGGGAGACCAAAAACAGUCCUGCAGAUAUCAUGGUUGCGAUAGAGUCCAGCAAGGAUCUUCUGUUUCACGCCCCUUCUGAACCCAAAGUACAGAAGUUCGCUAAAGGUGGUGGUGGUGGUGGUGGAAGUGAACACUCCCUUUCCUCCUCAACCUCCUCCUCAACCUCCCUCACAUUCCUGCCUAAACGAAACAUGGCCGCCAAAUUCUACGGAAACUUUGUGAACUGAGCGACAGUUGCAGGUUGAUGAUUGAUUAUGAUGAAAGAAGUCCCAUUUAUUGACUGAUUAUGUGAUAGAGUGGUGCAGAAUUAUUUUUCAACGUUAUUAAGAGUCUGCUUUUUUGACUUCUCUUUAAACCGGUAAAAAGCUUUUAAUUUGGGUAAGGGACACAAGCAAUAUUUAUUGGCUAAUGGCACUAAUCUUAUCUGUUUAAGAGAUUAUAAUCUAAUCUGUUUAACAGAUUUAAGAGAUUUAAGAGAUUCUUUAAUCAAGAAUGUCUAAACAUGCCCUAAAUAAAUAUUAUGGUUCAUAAUUGAGGCUUCGAGAUGAACUCUGAUAUCAAUAUUUAUUUAGAUUUCUUAUGUUUGAAUUCAAGAGCGGGUAUAGGAAUAAACUUUCCUAUUGAACAUAUUGAAGAAUUCAGAAACUGGCAUUUUCACGGUCAUCACUUCUUCUACUAUACGGACUACCUUUUGUAAUCAUUGUAGAGUUUGUUGACAGACGUUUCACAGAUGUAUGGUUAUAUAUCGCUCUCUACAUCUUUGAAGUGAGGAGUUUCAGCUCUUUCCCACUAGUUGCAGGUCUAGUUUACAUGUACACAUAUAUAUACUAGUUGGUAUCAUUCACACAUCAAUCUUCAUGCUUUGGGUACGUCAGUCGUCAUAUGAUGGACGUGUUAAAACCUGUCGUUUGGAUAUCGAUUAUCUUGGGUUGUUUUAACAUACUAACGAAGAAAAGAAACGUUUUCACCUUUUUUGCGUGAAGAUGAUAUUGUUUUCAUGAUGGUCAAAAUUGCAGCUGUGCAGAAUGUUCAAGUAACUUAUUGAACUCUCAAAAAUGAUGUUUAUUUGUAAAUACUUAUGUAAAUAUAUUGAUUUUAUAAAAAUUUUCUGA